AUGUUUUCAAACAUGUCAUUAGUUAUGGAGGAGCAAUUCAUACUUAGAGUUCCACCUAAUGUGGCAGAGCGGAUAGAGCGCCUAUUGAAUGAAACCGAUGCUUCUUCAUCUGAAGAGAAAUCAUUAGAUCUGUCAUUUAGUGAGGAUGGAAGAAGUGGUACAUUUAUGAUUGGGAAUGAGCACUUCCCAGCUUCUCUAUUGGACCUUCCUUGUGUUGUUGAAUCUUACAAGACUUAUGAUGAUAAUUCUUUGAUUAAGGCUGCCGAUAUUGGUCAGAUGAUUAUGGUUCGAGACUCUGGUGAUGCUGCUCCAGAUGUAAUUGAGUACAGGCAUGGCCUCACCCCGCCCAUGAGAGAUGCUCGGAAGCGUAGAUUUCGCAGGGAGCCUGAUCUUAAUCCUGAGCUUGUAUCUCGUGUUGAGAAAGAUCUCCUCAAAAUCAUGGCUGGAGGAACUGCUGAAAAUCUUGAUAUCCUUACAUCCUUUAAGCAGCUGAGCAAGAAGGGGAGGAGAAUGCCCGAGUUGCUAAUAAAAAACCUGCACCCAAACCUGCUCCAAAACAUGAUGUUCCGGAGAAUCUUACCAAUGCAGGGGAGCCAGACAGGAGUGAUUCUGAGGAAUCUGAUGACUCAGUCUGACUGA